AAGAAAAGGGGGGAGAAGACCGGCCGAGAGAAGAAAGGGUACUUCUUCUUCUUCUUCAUCAAGUGGAGGAGUCAAUAUAUUCAUAAUUAGAGCUAGAUUUCGAUAUAGCUAGGGUUUUUUUUGUUUUCUCUCUAUAUAACAACAACAAAGGAAAUGAGAUUGAUGUCGUUGUCGAUAGAGAAAUGGGUCGAGGGAAAGUGGUGCUGAAGCGGAUCGAGAACAGGGUGAAUCGACAGGUGACUUUCUCCAAGCGAAGGAAUGGGCUGUUGAAGAAGGCCACUGAGCUCUCUGUUCUCUGUGACGCCGAGGUCGCCCUCAUCGUCUUCUCCAGCUGCGGCAAGCUCUCCGAGUUCGGCUCCUCUGGGGUGAGCAAAACCCUUGUGCGAUACAGGCAGUGCAACUACAACAACAAUGCUGAAGUACUGGGCAACCCUUCUGCUGCUGAUGACACCGGAACAUCCUUACAGAACUUGUGCGUAGAGGUUGCCAAGUUGAACGAGAAAUGUGAAUCACUGCAACGUUCUCAUAGGCAUUUCCAUGGAGAGGAUAUUGGAACCCUGGGGGUGAAAGAGUUGCUCAAGAUCGAGAGGAAGCUGGACAGGGCUCUCUCCCGAGCUAGGCAAAAAAAGACACAAGUGCUGUUGCAAAGGCUGGAAGACCUGCGGAAAAUGGAGCAUGAUCUUGGCGAAGAGAAUAAACAGCUGCAGAUUGAGCUAAAGGAAAGGCAAUGUCAUCAAUCAGUUGGUGGAGGUGAUCAUCAUCAUGAUCAUGGAGGAGGAGGAGGAGGAGGAGUUGUUGGACCUACCAGGAAGAGCAAGAUAGCCAAAAACAAGCACAGAAUGGUACAUCCACCAACAGCAGCAUAUGCAGCAGCUCCUGCUCUUGUGAGAAAAUGUGAUCUCAGGUGGCUCCGGUUGCUGCUGAUGAGAAGGAAGCAUGCAGCUGCUGUAGCUGGCGGAUGCAACCACAGGAACAUGCUUGGCGUCUUUCAUUUGAUGGAUAUAUAAUGAUUAAAUUAUAGCAGUAAGCAGACGUGGCGCGCAUAUAUGCAGCUAGGCCAAGCUCUCUUGGAGUCUUGGUCCAUAUAUUAAUGUUAAACCUAGCUAGAUAUGGGAAACUGAAAAGACGAUGAACCAUAUAUAUAUAAAACUGUUAAUUGAAUAAUUAAGGUUCCUGUAAGUAAUGUUUAUAUGAGGAAACCGAUAAUAAGCACAAUAUGAUGGAUAUAUGUGUUAUCCCAUGAAUGCAGUAAUGAAUCAUAUGUACUAUGUGAAUAAUAUGUUGUGGUUGACAUUUAAGGGCCU